AUGGACCCCUCUCGUUCCUUGGAAUUAGGCAGCCGUUCGUCUAUAGAUGAGUCGAGCAGACCCCCUACCCCGGGAGGGGAAGAUGAAAUCGUGGAGCCGGAUCAGGGAAACAUACUCUACCAUAUCAUCUCUCAGCUUAGGCCUGGUGCCGAUCUGAGCCGAGUUGUGCUCCCUACGUUUCUUCUAGAGCCUCGAUCAAUGCUGGAGAGAAUUACAAACUUCAUGGCCCAUCCGGAGACGUUAUUACCGAUGCCUGAGAUUGACGACCCGCUUCAACGAUUCGUCUCGGUGGUCAAAUUCUACCUCAGUGGAUGGCACAUCAAACCUCCUGGUGUCAAGAAGCCCCUUAACCCUAUCUUAGGAGAAACCUUCACGGGCUACUGGGAAUAUCCCGAUGGCACCAAGGGCUAUUAUAUUGCGGAACAAACAUCACACCAUCCUCCCAAGUCUAGCUACUUUUUCAUGGCACCGGAGCACAAUAUUAGAAUAGAUGGUACUUUGAAACCGAGGAGCAGAUUCUUGGGCAAUUCUGCAGCAAGUAUGAUGGAAGGGAUAUCAUACAUGGAGUUCCUGAACCGGGGAAAGGAGAAAGGUCAUGGCGAACGAUACAUUAUAACCCAGCCAAACAUGUACGCUCGCGGAAUUCUGUUUGGGAAGAUGAAAUAUGAACUAGGAGACCACAGCUACGUCAAAUGCCCUGAAAACAACUUUGUUGCCGACCUUGAGUUUAAAACCAGGGGCUACUUCUCCGGGACGUACAAUGCGAUUGGCGGUACCAUUAAGAAUGAAGAAACCGGCGAGGUAUACUAUGAGCUGUCAGGGCUCUGGAAUGGGGAAAUGUUCAUAAAGGAUGUUACGACUGGACAAAAGGAAUUGCUCUUUAAUGCCACGCAUGCAAAGCAUACUCCACCCCUAACUCGACCUCUUGAGGAACAGUCAAGCCGCGAGUCCCAAAAACUUUGGCACAACACCGUUCAAGCUCUGCUAGAGAGGAACCAAGAACUUGCUACUGAUGAGAAAACCAAGAUUGAAGACCGGCAGCGAGAAGAAGCGGCUACUCGGGCUCACGAAAAUAUCGAAUGGAGACCCAAGCUGUUCCGCGCCGUUCGCGGAGGGCCCGGAGGGUCUGAGGAAGGAAGAGAAAACCUUGACUGGAUCAUAAAUGCGAACAUUGAUCCGCAUAACCCUUCCAAGGCUGUAGAGCAAAUUCUCGCAUUCACGGCGAUUCUUCCCGGUCAAAAAGUAAACCAUGAUCUUGAUAUCCCCCUUCAAGCGCCAAAACCAGUAAAACCAAACCAGGCUAAGGAUUCACUCCUUGAUCUUGACAGUAAUGAUGCUGCACUGGGGAAUAUGCAGUAUAAGCCCCAGCCUUCCGAGGAUCUGCUCGGCGACCCUGUUAGAGAACAAAAUGGGAGUAAUAACCCUGGUGGUGUAGGCGCUGGUCCUGGCAUGAUGGCUCCUCUCCAGCCAAACAUGUCAAGCAACAAUACGGCGCAGCAGAAGCCCAAUCCAAACCCCGGUAUGGGUGGGCUUUUUGAUGCUGAACCUUGA